GGGCUGCUUGCUCUUCCACCAUGGCCCCCUCCCUUUAUUAAUUUGCUGCCCUUUUUGCACCAGCAUCGACUUGUUCAACCUGUGGGCGACACGAGCUGCGCUAGGUUCCCAAUCUGUCCUUCGUUCCCCCUCCCCCAUUUCUGGCAGCAAUGGCCGCUCGUCGGUCCCUCCUACGUGCUGUCCCCGCAUUGACAGCUCGACGGGCCACCGCAUCAGCACCCCAGAUCUCGACGUCUCUCAGAAUGUCGCCAAACGAGCAGAUUGCCAGGCGUCGACUUCAUGCCACCACCCGCCAUCUUGCCGCCACCAGUACCGCCGUCGCCGACUAUCCUACCUCUCACGAACAGAUUGCCAACGUUAUCGACACGCACAACUUCAUCGACAACCAGUUCGUCCCGUCUCAAACCUCGCAAUGGAUCGACCUCCAUGAUCCUGCCACCAACAACCUCGUCACUCGAGUGCCUCAAUCCACCGAUGCCGAAUUGAAGGCGGCCGUCGCGUCUGCGGAGAAAGCCUUCCCGCAAUGGCGAGCAACAUCCAUCAUAUCCAAGCAGCAAAUCAUCUUCAAGUUGACCCAUUUGAUUCGCCAGAAUAUGGACCGGCUGGCCGCCUCCAUCACCCUUGAACAGGGCAAGACAUUUGCGGAUGCGAAAGGCGACGUUCUUCGUGGCUUGCAAGUCUGCGAGACUGCCUGCGGGAUCACCACCCAAUUGACCGGCGAAGUCAUUGAAGUGGCAAAAGAUAUGGAGACCCGUUCAUACCGCGAACCCCUGGGUGUGGUGGCAGCCAUCUGCCCCUUCAACUUCCCGGCCAUGAUCCCGCUCUGGAGCAUUCCUGUUGCUACCGUGACAGGUAACUGCUUGAUCCUCAAGCCCAGCGAGCGUGACCCCGGUGCUGCAAUGAUACUUGCUGAAUUGUGCAAAGAAGCCGGAUUCCCUGAUGGAGUGGUUAACAUCGUUCAUGGCGCGGCCAAGACGGUCGACUUCAUCAUCGAUGAACCGGCCAUCAAGGCGAUUUCCUUCGUCGGCUCGAACCGAGCCGGUGAAUAUAUCUACACUCGGGGUUGCGCCCAAGGAAAGCGUGUCCAGGCCAAUUUGGGGGCGAAGAACCAUGCUGCUGUGCUUCCGGACUGCAACAAGAAUCAUGCACUGAACGCCAUUGCCGGCGCCGCCUUCGGUGCCGCGGGACAACGGUGCAUGGCUCUUAGCACGCUCGUAAUGGUGGGUGAGACGAAGGACUGGUUGCCAGAGCUUGCCGAGCGCGCAAAGGCGCUCACCAUCAACGGUGGAUUCGAACCGGAUGCCGACCUCGGCCCCUUGAUCAGCCCACAGAGCAAGAAGCGCGUGGAGGACUUGAUCCAGAGCGCGCAGGACGAGGGUGCAACCAUCUUGCUUGAUGGAAGAGGGCAACACCCAGCCAAGUAUCCCAACGGCAACUGGGUCGGCCCAACCAUCAUUGCCAACGUUAAGCCGCAUAUGAAGUGCUACACGGAAGAGAUCUUUGGCCCUGUCCUGGUCUGUUUGAACGUGUCCACGACUGAGGAGGCCAUUGAUUUGAUCAACUCCAACCCCUACGGCAACGGCGCCGCCGUCUUCACGCGUUCCGGUCCUACCGCCUCACUAUUCCAAAAGGAACUCGAGGCGGGCCAGAUCGGAAUCAACGUCCCUAUCCCCGUUCCCCUCCCAAUGUUCAGUUUCACCGGUAACAAGAAGAGCGUGGCCGGAACAGGGCUCGCGAACUUCUACGGCAAGGACGGCAUCAGGUUCUACACCCAGUGGAAGACAGUGACGAGUCUGUGGAGGGCCGAGGAUGCGCUGGCGACAGAGAAGCAGGUUGCUAUGCCGACCCACUCUUAAGGGAGCAUAGGUGGAUGAAAGAGACGGAGGAGGACUGUGAGUGGUGUUGAGAUCCAAGGGGACAAGGAGACAAGGGGAAGAUUUGGCAAAGGAGGUCGUUGUAUUUUGAAACAAACGCCGCGUCGGACGGACAAGGUAUAUAACAAAUUGAUCACCAUCAUGGGACAAAAUCUCGGGGGCAGGACUUUGAACGAGAAGCAACAACACACGGUACAGGUCGAGCCGGGAACUUUGCGGAAGACGGACUUUGGGCGAAAUUGUGAAAUCACAGAAUGCGAGAAUGUACCUACUUAGUUUCUGGGAUCGGCUCAAGUACCACACAACCUCAACGCCCACCUUUUGGAGUAGUAUCAUAGGUAUGGAAGCUGGCGAUAUUGUCAGCGAAGCUCUGCGACUUACGGAUGGAACAAAUCUCAAAAGGACUAGCGGACAGUCAUCGCGAGCCAGUUUUGUAACAGAACAUUAAACAAUCAGAACUUUGAU